AAAAAAAAUGGUGGCCUCCACUCUACUCUCCUUUAUCACUGUUGCAUUCUUUUGCUCCACAUUAUCUCAAGCAACCUGGCCAUCCCUGUUCAACGGAGGUGGCAACGGGGUCGUCAAAUUCGACCCGCCACCGGGAGGAUUCCACGAUAUCGUGGGCAUCGGCCCUCAAGUUCCCAGUGUCGAUGCACCACCUCUUAGCGCUCCGGUACCACUUCCUGAUCAUAUGGCUCCUGCACCAUCCCCGAUUCCCCAGGAAGGCUAUCAUUACCCAAUGCACCAUACCGUUUACAACUUGGAUGAUCCCAAUCCUCUUCGUGAUCCAAUGGGCAUCGGUCCGCAAAAAUAUCCUGCUGCUCCGAGCCCAGAUGACGCCUACCGCUACGUAAUCAACUUAGAUGAUCACAAUCGUUUUCGUUAUCCAAUGGGCAUCGGUCCUGAAAAAUAUCCUCCUGCUCCCAGCGAGCUCGGCGACUCCCCUCCGCCCCUAUUUCGUCAAUUUCAACCGGUUCCUCCGAUCACCGCCCCUCGCCCCUCGGUAACGUUUGAUGGCUCUACUGGCCCGUCUCUUCCUAAGCAAAAACCAUCCUGGGAGCAUUUCAAUGGCCGCCCUGACCUUGAGAAAGUGGCCGACGAACUCAGCGUGGCUAUUACAAAUAAUGACUUGCCGCCGCUAUCUCGCGAAAAUAUGGGGCGCUGGACUGUAAAGAAUGAAAAUUAUCGGGCUCUCAAGGAGCACGAACAAACAAAUGUACGUUACUGGCUUGGACAAUGGUUUUCUGGAACCCAUCCGAACUCGAAAACUUGGGAUCAGAUCAGUGGUUACAUCUGGUCCCUAAAGCAGUCCACCAAGCCAACCUCUCAAAUCUGGUGGGAAGAGCCUCUCAUCAAGGGCAACAAAGAACACAAUCAAUAUAUCAAAUUAAUACAAAUAGGUGACUGGCUCAAAUUCUCCGAUAGGAACCCUGAACUCCAGCUUACUGGACAUGAGGCGGAACAAAUUACUAGAGAGAUAACCGAUAUUCUCUACCUGGACAGCAAUAGGAAACCCAGAAAAACAGCCUUGAAUAUCAAGUCAUUGAUGAAGUAUAGUGAUACAGGAAGCCCUAGUGUUUCGAUGUAUGAAGCCCGAACAGGUUCGUUAAUGAAGCUCAGGUUGAAGGAUUUUCGUCAGCAAGAAACUAAGGAACAAUGGAGAAAAUUGAGAGAACUUUACUUGUUCCAUGGGUACGAUUCCAUGGAAGCCAAAGAAUCUGCGACGAUUGCUCUAAUGAAGUUUAAGAGGGGUCAAGCAUCGUUUGCCGAACUCCUCGAUCCCCAACCUGACAUUCGUGGUCAAACCUUCUACAACAAUGUUAAAGCUCAGAUAGCUCAAUUAGCCAAGAAAAAUUGACUCAGCUAGUCCUGAGGAUAGCUUUCCAAAUCAUCUGCCUCUGGUUUUGAUCUUACCAAAAUCUGUGGUGUCCUCGAUUUUUUUUUUGUCUAAAAUGUGCAUACACUCUUUUCUUCACUCAUCAUUCAUUCAGUCACUCUUUUCUUAUUCAUUGUCUGCAACAAGUCACUCAUUCCCUACUCAUCAUCUGCGCUGAAUCAUUCACCACCCUCCGAGUAUCUUCUAUAUUGGUUUGGAUAUAGUCUUAUUAUGAAAAUUUACAACCUCGUGAUGCCAAAUGCUUCAGUCGUGCCUUUUCAAUUCUAAAGCUUUUAACACAGUUCUGAUUUUUUUAUUCUUCUUUUGAACUGUCAAAGAAUAAAAUCAGUGAGAAAUCUG